UCAGUUAAAUAACAACAAAAGUACGCAGUGAGGACGCAAUUUCAAGAAACAAAAAACAAAACGCAAUUUGUAACACAUUUGUGUAAAAUAUUUAGAAAAAUAAUAAAUUUACAAAUUAAAUGCUUUUCAACACUUCAACGCCAAAACGGUCACCGCAGUCUAACCAAAAUGCCAAUAAAAGCGAUUCGGGCAGUCCGAAUGCUUCAGAGACAGACGUAAGCCGUACUUUUUCGUAUCCUGCCUGCUGGAAGGACGAUGCGCGCAUGCAUGUGCUAUUGGCACCGUUCCGUAACCGUGAAGUAAAUCCCGAGAAUUACGACUCGAAAUUAAAAUUCUGGCAAGAUAUGAUUGCGCAGUAUUGCGAGCACACAGGCACUAGUUGCUUCUGCAAACGCGACUUGCAAUUGGUAUUUGCGCGAGAAGACCGCAUUCCCUACGGUUUGGACACAGUGUUGGCAGAAAUGUUGAAAGCGAAGCAAAUACGCACGCGUGACGAUUAUGAAUAUGACCCAGAGAAUACCUGGGCUGGUUGGGUGAUGAAUAGCUUUGUAAAUCGUCCGCUAAAGUUGGGCUGGCAGGCUUUGAAGAGCAAAAUAGGACUUCAAGCUCAAAUAGAUGCAGGCUUGCUAGAGUAUGUGCACUUGGAAGUGACGAAAAAAUUCUGUAAACAAUUGCAACAAAGUGUCCUGCAAGAGCACCAAGGUGAAUUGUUACAUUAUGAUCACUUCAUUGAAAUCUCAAACGCUGUGUUGAAUCUUAAAGAAGACUGCUUGCUUUUGUGCUUGCAUGCGCUAUAUUGUCAACGAAAAAUUGGGCUAGAGUACAAAUUUGAAGAUAAAGAGGCAAAAAUACAUUUGAUCAAAAUACCCUCCAAAACUGAUACAAAUGUUGCCAUCACCGAGACUGACCGUGCUGUGCAUAACUUGAAAAUGACUCAAGCCAGCCUGCUAAAACAACUGGAUAACAUCGAAGAAGAUAUUAAGUUAACCGAAGAAAAGGCGCGCACAUAUCUCAAAGAAAACAAGCGUCAAUUGGCGAAGACAUAUUUGCGCAAGAAACAUAUGAUGGAGAAGAAUCACGAAAAACGCAGCGCGGCACUACACAACAUUGAGUCGCUCAUCACCGGCGUUGACGAGGCACAGAGUCAUGGCCAAAUACUCGAUGCUUAUAAGAUUGGCUCAAAAGCAUUGCAAAAGGCGCUCAACGAUUCUGGUCUCAAAUACGAUAACGUCGACGAAGUUAUCGCAGAAGUGCGCGAUACCAUGGAGGCACAUCAAGAAAUACAAGACACAUUGGCUAAUGCAAAUUUGACAGAAACUAAAGCAGGUGGUGCUGAUUUCAACGACAAUGAUGCAUUGGAGCGUGAGCUACAGCAAAUACUCGGACAGACUGGUCAAACGCCGCUCAAGCAAUCGAAUUUAGAUAAUAAUAACGUUAAUACGGUGUCUAAAGAUACGCCCGCCGUCAAAUCGACUGCGAAAAUAUCCGAUGAGGAACUCUUGGCUAUGCUCGAGGGACUUGAGGUGGAAGAUAAUUCCCCGGCAAGAAGCAAAGAAAGCACACGCACUGUUUUGGGAGAAUAAAUGGCGCAGAAGUUAGUUUUAUGGAGCUAAUCGCUUUUUUGUAUAUUUCUAAACAAUUUAACUCAAUUUCUUGCCUUUUGAAUUGUGUUGGUGUUUACUUAAAUAAUUUAUUUGCUCUAUUUUCUAAGUUAAAU